AUGCAACGGCUUCACGGAAGUAAUACCCGGACUCUGAAACGCGCAAGAACCCCAAUACUCAGCCAGGCACCUCUCCCUUUUACGUUCUGCGACCAGCAUCUCCAUACUCCAUCAGUCUAUGAGCAUGCUCGCGUGGUUCUUCCUUUCCCUUUCACGUUUAAGAAGCUUGAAGAUAUUGCUAAGAAAAACCAUUUAUUCCUACUCCCCUACUAUCUCCACAGGAUGGUCGAUGGAAGUUGUCCUGCUCUGAAAGCACGAAUGUGUCAUCUAUGGCUUUUUGGAGCACUCUGCCUUCACUCCGGUGACCCUUUUCCAUUCUCAUGCCGCGUGUCUUACAUCCUGAUCCUCAAGACUGUACUGGGAGUUGAUCCCAAAAAAGCACGCUCCCCUGCUCGUAGGCAUCCCAAGGGGCUCUUAGAGCUUCAUAAAACAGUGCCUACUAGCAUAAAAGAGGAGCUUAAAAGAUUCUUUCCUAUUUCUGAUCACUUUCUUAUCACUGACUUUAUAGCAAAGACAGAGCAAAGCCUCCAUGAACCUACAUACUAUUUGCUUUCUAUGCUCUCCAUCUCUGACCUAGGGCUGUCUCUCUCUUCCUUACCCACCACUUUGGGACUAUUCCUAUUUGAUGUCCAUGAAAUUCAUGCAGCUUCAUGCUUUGCCCAGGAAUUUUUUAUCCAUCUGUCUAUAGUCGGUGAAGCCUCUGUACUGUCUGUAAUGGCAUUUGACCGGUAUGUGGCAAUCCACAAUCCUUUGAGAUACAGCACUAUCUUAACUAGUCCCAGAGUCAUCAAAAUUUUUUUUCUGACCUCCAAGAAUGUUCUUUUGAUCCUUCCACUGCCCUUUCUCUUGCAAAGGCUGGGAUACUGUCGUCGAAACCUGCUCUCCCACUCUUAUUGUCUCCACCAGGAUGUCGUGAAGCUGGUGUGUUCUGACAAUAGAGUCAAUGUUGUCUAUGGACUCUGUGCAGCACUUUCUACUAUGCUGGACUUGGUGUUUACUAUCUUCUCCUACAUUAUGAUUUUAAGGGCUGUACUGGGAAUUGCUACCCCCAGACAGCAGUUCAAGGCCCUCAACAUGUGCAUCUCUCACAUCUGUGCUGUGCUUAUCUUCUAUGUGCCCAUGCUGAGUACUGCCAUGCUCCACUGGUUUGUCAGGGAUGUGUCUCCUAUGAUCCAUGUCCUCAUGGUUGAUAUUUUUCUGCUGGUUCCACUCCUGUUGAAUCCCAUUGUGUACUGUGUGAAGACCCAUCAAAUCCGAGAAAAGGUUGUGGGGAAACUUUGUCCAAAAAGAAGUUGA